AUCUUCCUCCUCUAUCCCCAAUCGAAAGGAAAGCAAAAGCAAGCAAAGAGCAUGUAGAUCCAAGACGUGUGCCCAUGGAUGCGACCUCACCUGCCCCUGCCCCUGCCCGACCGCCUAUAAGACGGCCGUCGACCACACCACCUCCCAAGUGGAGUCCUUCAUUCCAUUCCGUUCCAUUUCCAUACGUUUCUUCCUCGAGUCAAGUGGCUCUUGAUUGAUCCCACCACCAGCCGCACCACCAACGUCUUCUGUCCGUAGCUCCUUGGUGCCUAGCUGCUGUGUUCACAUCACAUCUCCAUCGAUGAAGACGAAGCAGGCUUCCAAGGCCAAGGCGGCGCCGUCGCCGGGGAAGGAGGAGGAAGCAGUUGCAUCGGGUGGUUUCCGCAAGGGGCCAUGGACGGAGCAGGAGGACAUGAAGCUGGCGUGGUUCGUGCGGCUCUUCGGCGAGCGCCGCUGGGAUUUCUUAGCUAAGGUGUCAGGUCUUAACCGGACGGGGAAGAGCUGCCGGCUCCGGUGGGUCAACUACCUGCACCCGGACCUCAAGCGCGGCCGGAUGAGCCCCGAAGAGGAGCGCCUCGUCGUCGACCUCCACGCCCGCUGGGGCAACCGCUGGUCACGCAUCGCCAAGGCCAUGCCGGGGCGCACCGACAACGAGAUCAAGAACUACUGGCGCACCCACACCCGCAAGCUCCACAAGGACACGCGCGCCUCUGCUGCUUCGGCCUCUACGACCACGUCCACGUCCAUGUCGGCGGCGUCUCCGGCCACCACGUCCAGCUCCUCCUCUUCAACGAUCGACAACGACAACAACUCGCAUCACGGCCACCGCGACCAAGAGACGGCGGCCAGCCAGGAACAAGCGGAUAACCAGCUGCUCUACACCGCCGGCAUCGGCAUGGACAGCCACCUCCUUUGGAACGACGCCAUCAUGGACUCCUACGCAUGGGGAGCCGCCGUGCCGUCGAUGAUAGUGCCGCCGCCUUCAUCGCCGGUGUGGGACUACUGCUGCUCGGAUUCGCUCUGGGGGAUAGGCGACGACGAGGUCGAGUACAAGAAGAUGCUCGCCGUCGCCGGUGCCUCAUGAUCUUUUUCAUACACAAUCGAUCUUUGCUUAGCCAAUUACUAGCUGCCAACUAGCUGAAGAUGCUUACGUGCAUGCGUCCAAGUCAUAUCCUAGCUGAGACGAGACUUGAUAUGUACUCUCCAUGUGAUCAGUGCAUGCCUGCCUUGGGAUUUAUGCUUUUGUACAUGUAAUCUCCAUGUGUAUGUAUGAUAGAGUAAUAACUACACAUAUGCAUGUAAUUAUUUUUAUUAUGGUAUAAUUUUCAAUA